AUGCCUGUACGGUCCUCAAAUGCACUAUGUGCGGCGCUGUGGGGCACCUCCAGGACAACUGCAUGGAGAUCCGAUGUCAUCUGUGCUCAGAGAUGGGUCAUACGUACCGCACCUGCCCCGAAGCCCAGCAUAAUGUGGAGUCCAUCUGGAGUCAGGAGCCGGUUGAGAUGGACUCUGCUGGGUUAGGGGUUCAGGUAGCGAAGCCAUCUACGGUGCCCAUUUCUGGCACAGGGGUCUCCCUGCCCCAGCAACAGCCCAUCCUCCCCUCGGUCUCAGUACCAUCUCGAGACCCUGGGGUGGCAACUAGUUCACGUCCCCCCACGAAAAGUGUGACUAGAGUUGGCACAUCCCCCACAGCCAUUAUGGCUCCCCCUAGGCCCCCCCCUCCUAAACCCUCCACGGUAAAGGUUAUCCCUACUGCAAAGUCCUCAGAUGCACGGCCCCUAGAUGCACAGUCCCUAGAGUGGAGGCCCUCCAAGGCCUCCGCGCUGCCCGCUCCCCGGACGACCACCGAACCACCUGCGGCGAAACCCCCGAAAGGGGGGGACGCCACUUCUAAGGGCGGUGGGGCAAAGGGGUCUUCCUGCUCUUCGGGCUUGCAGGAGGCCCCAGUGCCCGUAUCUAACAGGUACGAGGCACUGUCUGCCAGCUGGGCCGACUGUGAGCUCGAGGAGGAGAUGGCGAACCUCCCCGGGCUGGGGGCAGAGGUUGAGGUCAGACAGGAGGUACCUCUGAGAGACGAUCGGCCACUGUAUCCCGGAGUCUCAGUGAAGAGGUACUGCUCCGACACGGAGGAGGAGGGGGAUAACAGAAAGAAGGAAAAGUCUCCUUGUGCUUAAUACCCUUAUGGCGACAUUUCCUAUACUCUCUGUGGCUACGGUGAAUGUUAAUAGCAUUAUGUCCAGCAGGGCCCGCUUUCUGGUUUUUGACCACCUCAGCCGGGCUCCGUACAAUGCCAUCUUAGUACAGGAGACCCGUCUGGAAACCCUUGCGGCCCUGCACGCUGCAAAGCUGGACUGGAGAUGGGGGCCCUCCUACUUCUCUCUAGCCACAGAGAGAUAUGGGGGAAUCACAAUCCUAUUUAAGGACGUUGAUGUUGUUGAUGUUCGCAUCAACAGGGUUAUUGAGUUGCAGAAAGGACGUUGUGUGGUUUUAGACGUCUCACUGGGCAGGCAACCUCUCAGGAUGAUUAACAUCUAUGGCCCCCAAACAAAGUGGGAGAGGAAGUGCCUGUUUAGUGAGAUCGAGCCUUACCUUUAUACAUCCCAGCAACUCCUGUUUGGCGGUGAUUUCAACACCAUUACUAGGCCUCAAGACAGGAGAGGCGCCACUCAGAGGCUGGGGUAUGACUCAAUUUUUCUAAACAAGAUGGUUAGUCAGGCUGGAUUGGUCGAUGUGUGCCUUCACCACACUCCCAAUCCCACGGGUGGGUACAUGUAUCACCGAGGUAGCUGUCAGAGUAGGAUAGAUAGGUUUUUCUUUAAGGAGAAUUUCGCGGUGACGGCACCCGUGCUUACGCCGGUGGAGUUCUCCGACCAUCACAUUUUAUCUUGCGAGUUGAACGUCCAUAGUACCCCACCUAAAGAUAGAGGGAUCUGGCGGCUAAAUUCAGACCUCCUGGUGGAACAGAGGGUUCAGCAAGCCUUCAUGGAAUUCUUUCACGAUCAGAUGACACUGGCCGAUUUAGGCCAAACGAAGUCUGAGUGGUGGGAGAUGGUGAAGGCCAGAACUCGAGGGCUGUUUCGCAAUCUCGCCCAAAACAUGCAGUCCUCUAGGUAUAAGAUGUAUCUGAGCUUGCUUGGGAGGUUGGAUGCCUUGAUCUCACAGGGAGGUGACCCCGAGGACAUUGCGGCGGUCAAGGCCCUGAUGAGGAGUUAUCAGUAUGAUAGGUACGCCUCCCUUGUAAAGGAGAGGGAUCAUGGGUCUUACCACUCGGCCGAUCCUUAUCUCAGCUGCAAGCGGAAGGAAGGUACCAAAACUAUCUCUGGUCUGCGGGACACCAACGGGGUUCUCGAGGAGUCUCCUCGCGGGAUUCUGAAGGUGGUCCGCCACUACUAUAUUGAGCUCCUCGGUAAGGGCAGCCCCCAAUGUGCCGAGGGGGGAACAUCACGUAGGAGAGAGGCUGAUAACUUCUUAAGCGAGCUCACCCUCCCUGAGCAUAGCGACCUCUCUUUUGACGAGUUGGUUAGCGAGAUCACCAUAGAAGAGGUCACAGAGAGUAUCAUGCAGCAGAACAAGAAUAAGUCGCCAGGUCCUGAUGGUCUGACGGCUGAGUUUUACCAACAGCUCUGCGACCUCUUGGCCCCUCAUCUAACCGAGGUGUUUAAUUAGAGCUUAGCUCAAGGAUUAUUGCCGCCCUCGAUGAGGACUUCUGCUCUGAUCUUGCUGACCAAGCCGAACGUGAUCGACACUGCGGAUAUGGGGAACUGGCACCCCAUAUCCCUGCUAAAUGUCGACAGGAAGGUCCUGGCAAAGAUUAUGAUGAAACGGGUACAGGGCCUAGCGAGGCGUAUCCUAUCCACCUCCCAGUACUGUUCAAUCGGAGGACUGUCUUCAAUGCCGUUUUCGAGGUCAGGGAAGCUCUCGAGAAGUGCAGGGCCGGAGGAAGGGGGAUAUACCUUCUGGCACUUGAUCAGUCCAAAGCUUUUGAUCGGGUCGAUCACCGUCAUCUAUGGUCAGUCUUGCGGAAGUAUGGCUUGCCGGGUAAAUUCAUCAAUUGGGUCAUCACCUUGUACAGAGGGGCCGAGAGCUUCGCUCUUGUGAACGGGUGGAGGGGCAGGACGUUUAGGAUCCGAUCCGGGGUCCGGCAAGGCUGUCCCCUCAGCCCGCUCCUGUACGUGUUUGCAGUCGAUCCCUUCAUCCGAAGGGUCAAGGCGAGCACGUUACAGGGAGUGGCCAGGGCUCCGGAGAGGCCUUUACGGGUAGUUGCCUAUGCAGAUGACAUCUCCAUUGUGGUCUCCGAUACACAGGAGGCCACGGAGGUGGAUGAUUUAAUCUUAGCGUAUUCUGCCGCUUCAGCCUCUCGUGUCAACAGGGACAAGAGCGGAGUUUUCUGGUGCGGGAAGGAGGGGGACCAGUUCCCUCUUCCAGACUGUUUCCCGCGGGCCCAGUCUGAAAUUAAAAUCUUGAGGGUGAUGUUCAGACCAGGGGAUCUGGCUCUCAGGAACUGGUCCGAACGGCUUGCCGUAGCUUCCAGCAAGGUGGAGGAGAGCCACAGGUGGAAACUGACGUACAGAAAACGGGUGAAACUGAUCAAAACCUAUGUGCUGACCGUAUUCGGUUACGUCAGUAACAUCUUCCUUUUGCCCAGGUCCCUUCACGCUCGGAUGUUUGCGCUGUUCUUCCGCAUGUUGUGGGGGAACAGACUGAACCUCAUCAAGAGAGAGGUCACUUACCUGGCCAGAAAGGACGGGGGUCUGGCCAUGGUCAACCCCAUCGUCUUCUUUAAUAACACCUUCCUGAAAAGGAACUUCGGGGCUCUCCUGAAGGACGAGCAGCCUGGCUGGGUAUGUAUGUUCAGGGAGUGGGUUGCACCUUUCCUGGUAGACUGGUUUAGCGGCGGGAAGGUGAAGAGCAUGAGAGUUCGGCAUUCCAGCUAUCUCCCGACUUCGGUCAUCGAGGGAGUGCGGAUUCUCCGCAGGUGGAGCGUCACGGUGGAGGAGGUUCGGGACUCUCCCAAGAGGCUUCUCGACGGGAGGGUCCUGGCCACCCACUUUGGCGUUCAGCUUGCUUUGAAGGACUGCCAGUCAAGUACUCUUGCCUCGGGGUUGAAAAACCUCAACUCCAGGCGCCUUCCGGAGAAAUUCCGAGACUUGGCGUUUCUCUCCUUCCACAGUAGACUUUACGUUCGAGGGAACUUGAAGUACAGGAACAUAACGGAUCGCGGUUGUCCUCGGGUGGAAUGUUCCGGGGAAGUGGAGUCCAUGGACAACUUCCUCCUCGAGUGCCCCUUUAAUGUACAGGUCUACAAAGAGGUCUCAGCCGCCUUGGGCAUCGAAAUAUAACACCGAAAGGGCCUCUAUGGAUCCCACCAUUUGGCAGCGUUUGUGGCGAAAUCUCAAGGUCCACCCGCCUUGAACCGCUCCAUGGGCGUCCUUGUCUUGAUGAAGGGAAUUCCAAAUCUAUCUUCACCUUUCCCCCUUAGAUUUUGAACUUGUUUUCUUUUCAUGGAAGGCUGCCACACUUUAGCAGACGAGUACCUUCCUCUGUGUCUAGGUAGGGUAGUAUAGUGUAGUUAUGUUAUGGUAAUGGUUAUGCACGGGUUAUUUUGGUAUUGUUUGGGUUAGGGUGGGUUUCUUGUAUGAUAAUUAUGUAUAUGGACAAAUUGAACAAUUUGCUUUGGGUGGGGGGUAAAACACUGGGUGUCUUUGUGGACGGAGGGAUGGACUCCUUGAGGGUGGUGGGUUAUGAACAAAAUGGAAUUCAUGUGGGUGGUGGGUUUAUGGACAAGAAAUUGAUUUCAUGUGGGUGGUGGGUUUUUGGGUGUGAUGAACUGAGAAAUGGACUCCAUGUGGGUGGUGGGUUUUGGGGGCUGGACGGAGGGAUGGACUCCAUGAGGGUGGUGGGUUCAUGGACAAGAAAUUGAUUUCAUGUGGGUGGUGGGUUUUUGGGUGUGAUGAACUGAGAAAUGGACUCCAUGUGGGUGGUGGGUUUUGGGGGAUGGACGGAGGGAUGGACUCCAUGAGGGUGGUGGUUUUGGUGUUGAUGGACGGAGGGAUGGACUCCAUGUGGGUGGUGGGUUUGUUUAUGUUUAUUUAAGUAGGUAUAUGGUUUGUGUUUUAGCUGGCUGUGGACUUUAGGUCAGUUGGGUCCCCCCCCUUUGUUACCCCUUAUAAUGUUAUGUAGAGCUCCGUAAUGGAGCAUUUUGGCCCUUUAUUUCCCCUCCCCAGUGCUCCAUGAGGUAAUGGAGCCCCCCCCGCCUUUUAAUUCUCCCCUUAUGAUUAGUCCCCCUUUAUGUUAAUCCCUCUCCCAGUUGUCUUCCAGUUAAUUCAUGUCGGUAUGAGCUCACUCCCCUAUUUAUGUUUGAGUUAAGUAUUAUUCCCGUUAUGUUGUUUCCUUUGUUGGUUUAUGUUUCUGCUAGUUGCAAUUGUUAUUUUGUUAUUAUUACUUUGUUAUUUAUGAAGCUUUUUCAUAAUUCAAAUAAAAUAUUCCAGCUCCAACCACUGGGGGCUGGAAGGUGGGAGGUGGCUGGAGGUGUGUUGGAACUGCUCCUGCAAGCUUGGAAGUUUUGGGCGUCGGCAGGAAUUGUGGUUUUUCCCUUACUGUUUUUGGGCAGAGGAUUUGCUGGACUUGGGGGCUCUGUCUGGGCAUAACACAGCAUGGCCCUCGGGCCUUCCUCCCCCGCCUGGGAAUGGAAGGUCAGGCUGGAUAAGCUGCAGGUAAGUCUGGCCUUUGGGGAGGGAAGACCUGAUGCUGGGAGCCUGUCUUGGACUGGACAUCAGGCCCUCUCCAGGCAGGUGAGACACCAGGUCUCCCUGCUGGAAGAACUGGCGGGGGGAUGGCUGGCAAGCUAGCUGUGUGGAAGAAGGGAGUGGGGGUCCCCCAGGCAGCCAUGGCCCACACCAGGGCCGAUAUUCAGUUGCUCUCUGGGCUUCUCACUGAGUGCAGGGAGCUUGUCAAUGCUUGCCUCCACUUUCUAGAGCAGCCCCCCCGCCGCUGGACGUGGGAGAGGGUCCCGAGGAGGUAGUUACCAACGUGGCCCCUCAGGACCCACUCACCUAUGCAGAGGCGGCAAGGGGUGAGGGGGUUGAGGCUAGGGCUUCAGAGAGCUGCCUUCUGACAGGCUGCGUGGACUGCUGGGAUCCCUGAAGGCCCAGCAUGCAGAAGCGGACUCCGGCCUAGCUGCGGUCCAGGCAGGGCUCAGAGAGCAGUGGGAGAAAUCCAACAGGGCCUCAAGCCACAAGCGAGGCCCUAUGAGGGCCAUCAUUGCCCAAAAGAAAAUUGAGGAGCAGCGGUUUUCUUGCAGUCUGCUCCAGGCUGAGACUAAAAUGGCGGACAUCCAGUCCGUCCUGCAGCAGCGAGCCAGGGUCGCUGUGAAGUCGAGGAGGCAGUGGGUCCUUGGGGGUAGAAGUGACGUCCCCAGGUGAGGAGUCUAGUUUGGAGUCGGAGGCUGACUCCCAUCACUCACCUAGGGUGAAGCGUACCUCUCCCCCUGCUACACCAUAGGGUACUGCAUCACCUGCAGCAGUUGCAGGGAGGAAGGCCAGAGGGAAGAGGAGUAAAGCAGAUCAGAAGGGAGAAGAAUGGAGGCUGAAUGUUGGGCAGGACAGGGGUCGAGGGUUGAUCAAGGAGUCUCUCCUCAAGUUUGGGGAUGAACUUGGGGAGGGCUCCGUUGGUAAGAAAAGAAAGAAUGCAAGAACACUUAUGUUCCCCUAAGUGUUAUGGCCGCGGGUGCCUGGGCGGUCGGUGCCGUGGGUGCUGGGGGUGCCAUGGGUAGCGGUUUUACCGUUGCAGCGGAUGGCUGAGGCUAAUGGGAGUGCAGGUGGCACUGUUAGUAAUGUAUAUAAUGUCAGUAAUGUGAGCAAUGUUAGUUUGUUUGGACCCAUUGACCUGGAUAGGGAGGUCCACAGCCAGUCACUCUCUGGUAACCCCUCUGGUUCCACUGCAAAACCCAAAUUUGGUCCUGCCCCCCCGGUUCUGCUGCCCAUCCUGGUGCCGCUGCCCCCACUGGUAAUGAUGCACCCCCCCCGUUUCUUCUGUUGGCGCCAGUACUGCUGGUACACAUGUUAAGGGCACCCUGGCAAAGGGUGCCACUGUUGUUGUUAGGAAUGUUACUAUGGUUGGUUUACAGGUUGUUCCCCCUGGGCACUCCCAGGGUUCCAGUAUGACCGAGGCCUCUGCCGGUCCUGCUGCAGGAGGAGUCCGCCCCAUCCCUUCCCAGGUGGCGGGUCCCAGUGUGCCCAAUGCUCGGGCAUCUGGGCCACCUCGCUUUACCGCGGGCGGGCCUGCUGCACGUCCUCAGGUUCCCUUUGGGAACAGGAGGAACAUCGUGCGGUUCGUCUGUGGGGGCGAGACCCAGGUGCCUGACAGAAGGUGGCUGGUGGCCCGCUUGAGGGAUAUGGGGAUCGUGCCCGUGGACCUGAAUGCUCUCAUCCAUGCUUCGGAAACCAGGGAGUUUGACGUCUCAUUCAUAACGUCGUAGCUCCUGGAUCGUUUCUGGGCUGGGUGGGAAGCAGUCAGGUCUGCACAGGGUACGAAGUGGGCAGGAUUCGUCGCUGUGCCCAUUUCUCGCCAGGGUCUGAAGAAGGUUACCUUCCUGGUGAGGAAUGAGUCCAACCCCAUAGCGAAUAUUCUUGUAUGGGCUAAGAGGUUUGGGGAUGUCAAAUACCCCCCAGUUAAUAUUCUAGAUGAGGAUGGGAUAUGGACAGGUGGGUGGACUGUCUCAGUGUUGCUGCGGGAGAUAAGGUGUCACACAGCACAUGCCAAAUAGUUUUUUCAUCGGCGCUGACAGGGUAUCAUGUUUUUACCAUGGUCAGCCCAGGGUCACAAGUGUGGAUCGUACAGGCAUUACAGCAAUGCCUGUACAGUCCUUAAAUGCACUGUGUGGCGCUGUGGGGCACCUCCGGGAUACCUGCAGGGAAAUCCAAUGCCAUCUGUGCUCGGAGAUGGGUCACAGACCUGCCCCGAAGCCCAGCAUAAUGUGGAGUCCAUAUGGAGUCAGAAGCCAGAGGAGAUGGACUCUGCUGGGUUAGGGGAUCAGGUUGCACGAUCAUCUGUGGUGCCCGUCUCUGACGCACGGGUUUCCCAGCCCCGGCCACUGCCCAUUCUCCCCUCAGUCUCAGUUCCACCUCAGGAUCCCGGGACGGCAACUAGCUCACGUCCCCUCACAAAGGUUGUUAGAGCAGGCACAUCCUCCACUGCCAUUAUGGCUUCCCCUAGGCCCCCUCCUCACUCCACGGUUAAGGUUAUCCCCUCUGAAAAGUCCCCAGGUGCACAGUCCCUAGUAUGGUCCACAGUUAAAGGUAAGCAUCCCCCUCCUGCCAAGGCCUUGACACUGCCCACAUCCCUGAAGACUGCCAAGCCCCUUGCGGCAAAAUCCUCGAAAGAGGGGGACGCCACUUCUCAGGGUGGUGAGGCAAAGGGGUCUGCCUCCUCUUCGUACGUGCGGGAAGCCCUGGUGCCUGUAUCUAACCGGUACGAGGCGCUGUCUACCAGGAGUCUCGGUGAAGAGAUACUGCUCCGAUACAUAGGAGCAGGGGAUAAGAGAAGGAAGGGAAAGUCUCCUUACGCUUAAUGCCCUUAUGUCGUUUCCUAUGCUUUCUCUGGCUACAGUGAAUGUUAACAGCAUUUUGUCCGGCAGGGCCAGAUUUUUAGUUUACGACCACCUCAGCCGGGCUCCGUACAAUGUCAUCUUGGUACAGGAGACCUGACUGGAAACCCUUGUGGCCCUGCACGCUGCAAAGCGGGCCUGGAGAUGGGGGCCCUCCUACUUCACUCUAGCCACAGAGAGAUAUGGGGGAAUCACAAUCCUAUUUAAGGACGUUGAUGUUCGCAUCAACAGGGUUAUUGAGUUGCAGAAAGGGCGUUGUGUGGUUUUAGACAUCUCACUGGGCAGGCAACCUCUCAAAGUGGGAGAUGAAGUGCCUGUUUCGAGGGAUAGAGUCUUACCUCUAUACAUCCCAGCAAAUCCUGUUUGGCAGUGAUUUCAACACCAUAACUAGGCCUCAAGAUAGGAGAGGCGCCAUUCAGAGGCUGUGGUAUGACUCCAUAUUUUUGAAUAAGAUGGUUAGUCAGGCUGGAUUGGUUGAUGCGUACCUUAACCACGCUCCCAAUCCCACUGGUGGGUACACUUAUCACAGAGGUAGUUGCCAGAGUAGGAUAGACAGGUUUUUCUGUAAGGAGAAUUUCCUGGUGUCAGCACCCGUGCUUACGCCGGUAGGGUUCGCCGACCAUCACAUUUUGUCUUGUGAGUUGAACGUCCACGGCACCCCACCUAAAGGUAGAGGGAUCUGGCGGCUAAAUUCAGACCUCCUGGUGGAACAGAGAGUACAGCAAGCCUUCAAAGAAUUCUUUCACGACCAGAUGAUAUUGGCCGAUUUCGGCCAAACGAAGUCUGAGUGGUGGGAGAUGGUGAAGGCCAGGACUCUAGGGCUAUUUCGCAGUCCACUAGGUACAAGAUGUAUCUGAGCUUGCUUGGGAGGUUGGAUGUCUUGAUCUCGCAGGGUGGUGACCCCGAGGACGUUGCGGCGGUAAAGGCCCUGAUGAGGCGUUAUCAGUAUGACAGGUACGCCUCCCUUGUAAAAGAGUGGGAUCAUGGGUCUUACCACUCGCCCGAUCCUUAUCUCAGCUGCAAGAGGAAGGAAGGUACCAAGUCCAUCUCUAGUCUGCGAAGCACCGACGGGAUCCUCGAGGAGUCUCCUCGCGGGAUUCUGAAUGUUGUACGUGACUUCCAUAUUGAGCUCCUCGGUAAGGGCAGACCCCGAUGUGCCGAGGCGGGAACAUCCCGUGGGAGAGAGGUGGAUGACUUCUUGAACGAGCUCACGCUCCCUGAGUAUAGCGACCUCCCUUUUGACGAGUUGCUUAGCGAGAUCACCAUAGAAGAGGUCACAGAGUAUCCAACAGCAGAACAAGAGUAAGUCGCUAGGUCCUGAUGGCCUGACGGCUGAAUUUUACCAACAGUUCUGCGCUCUCUUGGCCCAUCAUUUAACUGAGGUGUUUAAUGAAAGCUUGGCUCGAGGAUUAUUGCCACCCUUGAUGAGGACUUCUGCCCUGAUCUUGCUAACCAAGCCGAACGUGCUCGACACAGCGGAUGUGGGGAACUGGCGCCCCAUAUCCCUUUUAAAUGUCGACAGGAAGGUCCUGGCAAAGAUCUUGUUGAAGAGAGUACAGGGCCUAGCGAGGCGUGUCCUGUCCACCUCCCAGAAAAGUCUGGUGCCAGCAGCUGCGGUAAUUCCAGCGCCAACCUCUGGGGGCUGGAGAGUGCAAGCUUGCUGGUCGUGCUUCACAGCAGCUCCUACUUCCGUGGAAGCCUGUGGUAUUGCCUGAAGUUACCCCUGAUUUCCCUGCACCUUUUCUGGGUGGAGUACUUACUGGACUUGGGGGCUUUGCUUGGGCCUAAACAGCAUGGCCCUCGGGCCUUCCUCCCCAGCCUGAGGAUGGAAGGUAAGGCUGGCAGGUAUCCAGCUGCUCUCUGGGUUGCUGGCAGAGUGCACCGAACUUGCCAGCGAUGGCCUCCACUUCCUGGAGCAGCCCCCCCCGUCGCUGGAUGUGGGAGAGGGUCCCGAGGAGGUAGUCCCUGAGACCCCCCCCUGAGGUGGUUGGUACCAGCGAGACCCCUCAGGCCUCCCUCACCUAUGCUGCUGCUGCUAGGGGUGAGGGGUUUGAGGCUAGGGCAUUCAGUGGACUGCCUUCUGACAGGCUCCGGGGUCUGCUUGCAUCCCUGAAGGCCCAGCACGCCGAGGCGGAUUCGGGCCUAGCUGGGGUCCAGGCAGAGCUCAGGGAGCAGAGGGAGAAAUCUAGCAGGACCUCUAAUAACAAAAGGGGUCCUAUGAGGGCCAUCCUAGCCCACAAAAAACUGGAGGAGCAGCGGCUUUCUUACACCUUGCUCCAGACUGAAUCCAAAAUGGUGGAAAUUCAGUCCAUCCUGCAGCAGCGUGCAAAGGAGGCAGUAAAGUCAAGGAGGCAGAGGGCCCUUGGGGGUAGGAGGGACAUGUCCCCAGGUGAGGAGUCCGGUAAGGAAUCGGAUGCAGACUCCCAUCACUCACCUGGGGUGCAAUGUACCUCUACCCAAGCUACACCAGGGGGCGCAACUGAGACGACAGAGAGGAAGGCCAGAGAGAAGGAGAGUGAAGCGGAGAGGGAAGAAAAGAAAGGAGAAGAAUGGAGGCUGAAAGUCGGGCAGGACAGGGGUCGAGGGCUGAUUAAGAAGAGGAAGAAAAAGAAAAACAUCGCCCAGCGUCAGCCUGAGACCCCUGUCAGGGGGUCUGGAGAAUCCACGGAAGAGGGUGAGUGCUCCCCCGCUGAGUUUGUGUAUCAUGAGGAGGCCUUCCCGGCCUUGCAGACACCUGGGGCCAGGGAUACUAACCCCACAGGUGGCAACACCUGUGUGCACCAGGAGUCUGCCCGCCCUGCCUCUGUGGAUGUAUCUGGACCCCCCACCGCCCUCCAUGGUGACAGGGAGACCAUCCCCGCCGGUACUGUGGCGGGUACCGGUGAUCCCAUGGAGGGGCCCUUCCUCUUCCCCCUUCUCCCUUCCCAUUCCCUCCCUUCCCUCUGACUUUCCUCUCAAUGUGCCACUGGUGCCGGUUCCGCGGGUGCCGGUACCGCGGAUGCCCGGGGUGCUGCGGGUACCGGUUCCGCGGGUGCAGGUGACUCCCAUCAUGCCAAGCCAGCAGUCCCACUUGAGAGGACCACCAGUGGAGGUAAGAAAUUUAUUAAUAGCUCUCUGUAUGGCCCCACUGGUGGUUUUGGGAUAGCUGGGGAUGAUGGGAGUAGGUACAGCAAUGUCCACAGCCAGUUACAUUCAAAUUAUAAUUCUUUUGCCCCCCUGGUUUCCCCGCCCCCCCCCCCGGUUCCGCUGGUGGCCCCCCUGAUUCAGUUGGUGCCCCCCUGGUUCUAUUAUUCCCCCUGAUCCCUCUGGUACUCUCCCAGGUUCCGCUGGAGCUACCGCUGGUGUUCCCCCUGGUCCAGUUAACCCCCCUGGUUCAGUUGGUGCUCCCACUGGUUCUGUGGUUCCCCUUGAUCCCUCUGGUGCCCUCCCAGGUUCCGCUGGUGCCCCUGAUGGUGCUCCCCCUGGUUCAGCUGCCCCCCAUUAUGCCGGUACACGUCAUAGUAAUGUUGCCCCCCUUCCUGGUAAUGUUGCUCCCCUCCCUGGUUCUCAUGUUGGCACACUGGUUACGGGCACGGGCACCCUGGCAAAGGGUGCCAAAGCUAUAAAUUUUGUUGGUGCACAAGUUGGUUCACAGGUUCCCCCUAGGCACUCCCAAGUUGUCACCCGGGGUUCUGGUGGGACCGAGGCCUCUGCAGGUCCUGCGGGGGGAAUCCGCCCCACCCCUUCCCAGAUGGCGGGUCCCAGUGUGCCCAAUGCUUGGGCAUCUGGGCCACCUUGCCUCUCAGUGGGCGGGCCUGCUGCGCGUCCUCAGGUUUCCUUUGGGAACAGGAGGAACAUGGUACGGCUCGUCUGUGAGGGCGAGAUCCAGGUGCCUGACAGAAGGUGGCUGGUGACUCGACUAAAGGAUAUGGGGUUCGCACCCGUGGACCUGUAUGCUCUCAUCCAUGCCUCGGGCACCCGGGAGUUUGAUGUCUCAUUUAUGACAUCGCAGCUCCUGGAUCGUUUCUGGGCUGGAUGGGAGGCUGCCAGGACUGCGCAGGGCACAAAGUGGGCAGGAUUCACCGCUGUGCCCAUUUCUCUCCAGGGUCUAAAGAAGGUCACCUUCCUGGUGAGAAAUGAGUCCAUCCCCAUAGUGGACAUCCUCGUAUGGACUAGGAGGUUUGGGGAUGUUAAAUCCCCACCAGUUAAGAUCUUGGACGAGGAUGGGAUAUGGACAGGUGGGUGGACUGUCUCAGUGUUGUUGCGGGAGAUACGAGGUGUCACACAGCAUAUGCCAAAUAGUUUCUUCAUCGGGGCUGACAGGGUAUCUUGCUUUUACCCUGGUCAGCCCAGGGUAUGCCACAAGUGACGAUCGUACAGGCAUUUCAGCAAUGCCAGUACGGUCCUUAAGUGCACUAUGUGCGGCGCUGUGGGGCACCUCCGGGACAGCUGCAGGGAAAUCCGAUGCCAUCUGUGCUCAGAAAUGGGUCACACGUACCGCACCUGCCCCGAAGCCCAGCAUAAUGUAGAGUCCAUAUGGAGUCAGGAGCCGCUGGAGAUGGACUCUGCUGGGUUAGGGGAUCAGGAUGCAGGAACAUCUACAUCUACAUCCCCCUCCCUCCAAGGCCUCGGCACUGCCCGCAUCACGGAAGACCGCCAAGCCCCCUGCAGCGAAACCCUCGAAAGAGGGGGACGCCACUUCUCAGGGUGGUGAGGCAAAGAGGUCUCCCUCCUCUUCGUGCUUGCAGGAGGCCCCGGUGCCCGUAUCCAACCGGUACGAGGCACUGUCUACCAGCUGGGCUGACUGUGAGCUCGAGGAGAUGGCGAACCUCCCCGGGGUGGGGACAGAGGUUGAGGUCGGACAGGAAGUACCUCUGAGACGACGUUCCACUAUAUUCCCGAGUCUCUGUGAAGAGGUACUGCUCCGAUACGGAGGAGGAGGGGGAUAACAGAAGGAAGGGAAAGUCUCCUUAUGCUUACUGCCCUUAUGGCGAUGUUCCCUAUGCUCUCUGUGGCUAUGGUGAAUGUAAACAGCAUUUUGUCCAGCAGGGCCAGAUUUCUGGUUUAUGACCACCUCAGCCGGGCUCCGUACAAAGUCAUCUUGGUAUAGGAGACCCGGCUGGAAACCCUCGCGGCCUUGCACGCUGCAAAGCGGGACUGGAGAUGGGGGCCCUCCUACUUCUCUCUAGCCACAGAGAUAUGGGGGGAUUGCCAUCCUAUUUAAGGAAGUUGAUGCUGCAAAAAGGACGCUGUGUGGUUAUAGAUGUGUCGCUGGGCAGGCAACCUCUCCGUAUCAUCAACAUCUAUGGCCCCCAAACCAAGUGGGAGAGGAAGUGCCUGUUUAGCGAGAUAGAGCCUUACCUGUAUACAUCCAAGCAAAUUCUGUUUGGCGGUGAUUUUAACACCAUCACUAGGCCUCAGGACAGGAGAGGCGCCACUCAGAGGCUUGGGUAUGACUCAAUUUUUCUAAAUAGAAUGGUUAGUCAGGCAGGAUUGGUGGAUGCGUACAUUCACCACGCUCCCAAUCCCACGGGUGGUUUCACGUAUCACCGAGGUAGUUGCCAGAGUAGAAUAGAUAGGAUUUUUGUUAAGGAGGAUUUCCCGGUGACGGCACCUGUGCUUACGCCGGUGGAGUUCUCCGACCAUCACAUUCUAUCUUGUGAGUUGAAUGUCCGCAACACCCCAUCUAAAGGUAGAGGGAUAUGGCGGCUCAAUUCAGGGAGGUGGAUGAUUUCUUGAGUGGGAUCACGCUCCCUGGGAAUAACGACCUUCCUUUGGAUGAGUUGGUCAGUGAGAUCACCAUAGAAGAGAUCACAGAGAGUAUCAUGCAGCAGAACAAGAAUAAGUCGCCAGGUCCCGAUGGCCUGACGGCUGAAUUCUACCAGCAGUUCUGCACUCUCUUGGCCCCUCAUCUAACCGAGGUGUAUAAUGAGAGCCUGGCUCAAGGAUUAUUACCAGCCUCGAUGAGGACUUCUGCCCUGAUCUUACUGACUAAGCCAAACGUAGUCGACACUGCGGAUGUGGGGAACUGGCGACCCAUAUCCCUCCUUAACGUCGACAGGAAGGUUCUGGCAAAGAUCUUGAUGAAACAUUUACAGGGCCUGUCGGGUAGCGUCCUAUCCACCUCCCAGUACUGUGCGCUUGGGGGUCGAACUGUCUUCGAUGCCGUUUUCAAGGUCAGGGAAGCUCUUGAGAAGUGCAGGGCUGGAGGGAGGGGCACUUGAUCAGUCCAAGGCUUUUGAUCGGGUUGAUCACCGUUAUCUAUGGUCAGUCUUGCGGAAGUAUGGCUUUCCCAGUAAAUUCAUCAAUUGGAUCAUCACCUUUUAUAGGGGGGCCGACAGCUUCGCUUUUGUAAACGGUUGGAAAGGCAGAGCAUUUGGGAUCCGAUCUGGAGUCCGGCAAGGCUGUCCUCUCAGCCCGCUCCUGUAUGUAUUCGCGAUCGACCCCUUUAUAAGGGCAAUCGACGGGAGUGCGCUACAAGGAGUGGCCAGGGCUCCGGAGAGGCCUUUACGGGUGGUAGCCUACGCUGAUGACAUCUCCAUUGUGGUCUCCAAUACUCAGGAGUCCGCUUUGGUAGAUGAAAUGAUUCACGCGUACUCUGCCGCUUCUUCCUCUCAGGUCAAUCUUGGGAGUGGUGUUCGGGCCAGGGGAUCUGGCUCUCAGAAACUGGUCCGAACGGCUUGCUAUAGCUUCCAGCAAAGUGGAGGAGAGCCAUCGGUGGAAACUGACCUAUAGAGAGCGGGUGAAACUGAUCAAAACCUAUGUGCUGACUGUAUUCGGUUACGUCAGUAACAUCUUUCUUUUGCCCAGAUGCCUUCACGCUCGGAUGUUCGCUCUGUUCUUUCGCAUGUUGUGGGGGAACAGGCUGAACCUCAUCAAGAGAGAGGUCACUUACCUGGCCAGGAAGGACGGGGGUCUGGCCAUGGUCAACCCCAUAGUCUUUUUUAAUAACACUUUCCUGAAAAGGAAUUUUGGGGCUCUCCUGAAGGACGAGCCGCCUGGCUGGGUAUGUAUUUUCAGAGAGUGGGUUGCACCUUUCCUGGUGGACUGGUUCCAGGGCGGGAGAGUAAGGAGUCUGAGAGUUCGGCACUCUCAUUACCUCCCGACUUCGGUCAUCGAGGGAGUGGGAAUUCUUCGCAUGUGGAAUGUCACGGUGGAUGAGAUUCGGGACUCUCCCAAGAGGCUUCUCGACGGGAGGGUCUAGGCCACCCACUAUGGCAUUCAGUUCGCAUUGAGGGACUGCCCGCCAAGUACUCUCGCCUCGGGGUUGAAAAACAUCAACUCCAGGUGCCUUCCAGAGAAAUACCGAGACUUGGCGUUUCUCUCCUUCCACGGUACACUCUACGUUAGAGGUAACUUGAAGUACAGGAACAUCACGGAUCGUGGUUGUCCUCGGGUGGAAUGUUCCGGGAGAAUGGAGUCCAUGGACCACUUUCUCCUCGAGUGUCCCUUUAACGUACGGGUCUACAAAGAGGUCUCGGCCGCCUUGGGCAUCCCCUGCUUAUCCUGCUGGACUUACGCGGAGUGGGUGUACGGGACGUCCAACUCACGGGGGAGGGCCUUUAAUUUGAGCAUGCUUUUCGUAGUCAGUUCAGUAGUUAAGUAUUUCACGGUGUCAGGUUUCUCUUCAGCGUAAAGACCUUUCCUGUCAGGAGGUGGUAGCAGAUAUUCUAAGAGCGGUUUGUGGGAUCUAUAACACCGAAAGGGCCUCUAUGGAUCCCUCCAUUUGGCAGCGUUUGUGGCGAAAUUUCAAGGUCCACCCGCCUUGAACCGUUCCAUGGACGCCCUUGUCUUGGUAAAAGGAAUUCAAAAUCUAUAUUCACCUUUCCCCCUUAGAUUUUGAAAUUGUUUUCUUUUCAAGGAAGGCUGCCACACAUUAGCAGAUGAGUACCUUCCUCUGUGUAUAGGUGUUUAAAAGAGUUUGGUUAAGUUAUUUCGGUGCGGGUUUAUUUGAUAUUGUUUGGGUUAGGGAGGGGGUGUGUUUCUUGGAAAAAUUAUAUGAGACAUUUUGAACAAUUUGCUUUGGGUGGGGGGUAGGACACUGGGUGUUUAUGGAUGAACUCCUUGAGGGUGGUGGGUUUUGGUGUAUGGACGGAGGGAUGGACUCCAUGUGGGUGGUGGGUUUGGGUGUACAAAGGACGGAGGGAUGGACUCCAUGUGGGUGGUGGGUUUUAAUAGGUUUUUUUGGAAGGAGAAAUGGACUCCAAACUUGUGGGUGGUGGGUUUGAUAUUAUGGACAGAGAAAUGGACUCUUUGCAGGUGGUGGGAAGGAAUGAAGACUUUGUGGAAGGGUGGGUUUUGACUUUUUUUUUGGGUGGUGGGAUAAGGUUUUUGUUGGGUGUCCUGUUAUAUCUGGCUGUGGACUAUAGGUCAGUUGGGUUACUUAUGAUACUGCUUGCUGAGCUCCUAAAUGGAGCAUUCUGGGUCCCCCCCUCCCCUUUAUUUAAUUCCCCCUUCCCCUCCUUAUGGUUUGUCCAUGAAGUUAAUGGACCCCUUUUCUGUUAAUCCCUCACAGUUUCUUCAUGAAAGUAAUGAAGUCCCGCCCCAUAUUUAGUUACCCCUCCUUGGUUUCCCCCUUUUCAGUUAUUCCCCCCCGGAUGCUUCAUGAGAAAUGGGGCUCACCCCUCCCCCCCCCUUCAGAUGUCCCCUUCUGGUGAUUUAUUUUUGAUAUGUAUAUUACACUGGAUUUGUUUAUGUUUAUGGUUUGCGGGUUGCAAUUUGUUUUUGUUUGGUUACUUUGUUACUUUUAUAAAUUAUGUUACUUAUGUUGCUUUUCUUACUAAUAAAACAAAUAUUCCAGCUCCAACCACUUGGGGCUGGGAGUUUGAGACAGCAGGUUGUGAGUGGUUCAGGCUCCUGACUUCCAGGACCACACCCUGGGAGUUUGGCUUGCUAAGCCCAAUUUGAAGCUCUUUUCUGGGCAGGCACUAUGUCUUCAGGGCCUCCCUCCCCUACCAGGGGAUGGGAGGACUGGAAGGUUUAUUUGCAGAGCCUGAAUUUCCUGAAAAUACUUUGUUUUCUUGGACUGAACACCAAGCCCUCACCAGGACCACCAGGCAGCAGGUGAGCAAGCUGCAGGAACUGGAGGGGAGAUUAUACAAAAGACUUUGUGAAUGGAAAAAGGGAGUGGGGGUACCCCAUGGACCUGCAGGGGUUAAUCACUCCAGCAUAACUAUGCUAAGUGGGCUGCUGACCCUAUGCAGGGAAAAGGUGGCUGGAGGGCUCCACUUUCUGGCGUAACCCCCCCUCCCUUGGAGCUAAUGGAUACUAGCACCAUGGAAGUGGCCCUGGAGGAGUCCCUGGAGGCAGAAGCUGAGGCUGAGGCAGUUGACCCCCCAGCCCAGUGCACCUAUGCUGAGGCUGCUGGGAGUGGAGGGGUUACGGCUGCAAACAUAUGAGAGCUGCCUGCAGUGAAAUUGUUAGCUUUAUUAAGAGUAUAAAGAAAAACACUCUGAAAUUGACAGCAGUUUGUCUGCCUUACAGACUGAGCUAAAGACCUUAAGAAUACAGUCUAGCAAGAUGUCAAACCAUAAGAGGCUCCCUAUAAGAACCCUAAUUGCUGAGAAAAAGAUUUUAGAGCAGCAAUUAGGCUUCAGGCUGCUCCACCUUGAGAAGCUAAUUAAACAAACACAGGCAGUCAUGCAGCAAAGACUGAAGGAGACAGCCAGGUUAGAGAGACAGGAGUCUCUGGAGGGUAGGAGGGAUAUUCCUACCAGUGGGGGGUCUGAGGGUGACCAGAAUACCUCACCGGUGGGGAGACCCCCUCCCCCCUCAACCCCAUCUGGGGGCCAUGCGGCUGCUGCAGGUGGAAAAGUUGCAGAGAAGGAAGAGGAGUGGGGUGCAGAGGAGAGAGGUGAAUGGAGGCUGAAGAUUCCUGAAGCCAAUACGAAGGAGCUCAUUAAAGAGUCGCUGCUUACAUUUGAUACUGAGGAUCUGGAAGAGGCAGUGGACAGCCGGGUGAUAAAGAAAAAGUCCAGAAGCCCUGCUGACCACCAGCCUGAAGCCAGGAUCCGCAGGGAGUCUGGGGGAUCGGUGGGGAAGGGUGAGUACCCCUCAGGGUUUUCAUACUCUGAGGAAGAGUUUCCAUCUUUGCAGACCCCUGGGAUACCUCAGAGGUCUGCCCACCCUGUUCCUGCCGAUCUCUCUGGGCCCCCCAUCGCCCUCCAUGGUGACAGGGAGACCGCCCCCACUGGUGCUAUGGCGGGCACCAGUGAUCCCAUGGAGGGGGCUUCCCUUUCAUCCCUUCCCAUUCCCUCCCUCCCCCCCCUCUGACCUUCCUUCUGCUGCUCCUUCCAAGAAUGUGGCUGCCCCAGGUGCUGGCUCCAGGCAGGCUGCUGGUCCUCCCAUGAGGUCUGCUCUGGCUGCUGUCUCUGGGCAGCCCCAGGAUGAGUUUGAUAGUGGCUCUGCCCCCUCACAGUAUGUCAAUGUAAUGUCCAUGUCUGGUAUGGAAGCCCCUGUUAGUGUCCCUUUAAUUGUUGUUGUCCCUUUAAAUGUUAUCCCUUUAAGUGUCCCUCUGAAUGAAGUUUCUGUGUCAAUGCCUGUCCCUAUGUCUGGCCCCCUGGUCCCCCCACUGUGCUCUGGUGCCACGGGCGGGUUCCACGGGUGCGCAUGGUGCCCGCGGGCGCUGUAUGUGCCGCGGGUGCCCCUGGUGCGCGCGGGUGCGCAGUGUCCUCCCAUCACCCCCAGCCGUCCGGCCAUCUAUGUGGGGCUGCUGGUGGAGCUGAUUUGGGCUCUGCUGGGGGUCCUGCGCUGGCUGGGAAUGGUGGGACUGGGGAGCUGGGCUAUGUAAAUGAGCCCACUGAUCUGAAUGCAGUUUAUGAAGGUUUCGUCCGCAGCAAGGUGGCACCCUCUGCUGGGCAGUUGAUUGUAAAUAAAAGUGUUAGUAUUUCUUAUGUUGGUAAAUCUGCUGGCUACUCUGGUCUCCCUACCCUUCCUGCACCCUCUGCCCAUUCUGCUCUCCCGACCCCUUUUGCUCACCCUGGUAUCCCCUGUCCCUCUGUUGCCCCUGAUUUUGUACCAUCAAUUGUGCAACUUGCUAAUGUGGGCACCCCUGCUAGUGGUGCCCUCUCUGUUGAGAAGUGUAAAUUACCGGCACUCAGUAACGUCCCUAGGCACCCCCAUGCCGUCACUCAGGGUGCCGUGACCGGGGUCUCCAGCAAUGGCCCUGCCACUGGAGUAACCCGGGCCCCAGUGUCCCAGACGGCAGGACCCAGUGUGCCCAAUGCUUGGGCAUCAGGGCCACCUCGUCUGACCAUGGCCGCUCCCGCUGCACGCCCUCAGGCCCCCCCUCUAGGGGGCAGGAGGAACGUGGUACGGUUGGCCUGGGAGGGCGAGACCCGGGUGCCUGACAGGAAGGUACUGGUGUCCUGUCUGAAGGACAUGGGGUUCUCCCCCUCUGAUCUGUACGCCCUCAUCCACGCCGUGGGAACCCGGGAGUUCGACGUCUCAGCUCCUGGACCGUUUCUGGGCUGGGUGGGAGGCGGCCAGCUCUCGGCAGGGGUCGAGAUGGACCGGGUUUACCGCUAUACCCGUUUCUUGCCAGGGGGUCAAGAAAGUGACUUUCUUGGUGAGGAACGAGUCCAUCCUUGUAGCGGACAUCCUGGUAUGGGUCAGGAGAUACAGGGAUGUCAAAAGUCCCCCCGUGAAGAUCUUGGAUGAGGAUGGAAUUUGGACAGGUGGGUGGACUGUCUCAGUGAUGUUGAGGGAGAUCCGGGGUGUCAUACAGCACAUGCCCAACAGCUUUUUCAUCGGGGCUGACAGGGUAUCCUGUUUUUACCCUGGCCAGCCUCGGGCAUGCCAUAAGUGCGGAUCGUAUAGGCAUUUUAGCAAUGCCUGUACGGUCCAGAAAUGCGUGGUGCUGUGGGGCAUCUCCGGGACUCCUGCUCGGAGAUCAGGUGCCAUCUGUGCGAGGAGAUGGGACACUCCUAUCGCACCUGCCCCGAAGCCCAGCAUAAUAUCGAGUCCAUCUGGAGUCUGGAGCCGGUGGAGAUGGACUCUGCUGGGUUAGGGGAAGUGGUUGCUUCGACAUCGGGUGUGUCUGUCCCUAGCACAUCGAUCUCCGGGCCCCGACCGCUGUCCAUCCCCCCCCGGUCAUUAGUGUACCAUCUAAGGCCCCAGUGACGGCUGUUAGCUCAUUCCCCCACGCUACGGUUAGAGGAGGCACUUCCAACACUGGUGUUGUCCCUGAAUCCCAUGGGCCCUCUUCCAAUGUAAAUAUUCCCUUGGUGCAACCUGUUCCUUCAACACCCCCCCUUGAUCUUGAAUGGAAAAAGAAGGAAGUUAGAUCUAGAAAUCCCCCUCCUCCGAAGGUCUCGGCUCCCUCCUCGCCUCGGAAAACUGCCAGGCCCCCUGCGGAGCAGCCCCAGGAAAAGGGUGCUGUGCCAAAUGGUGGCAGGGCAGGGGAAAGGGUCUCUUCCCUGGCUGUGCGGGAGGCCCCAGUGCCCUUAUCCAACCGGUUUGAGGCACUGUCCUCCAGCUGGGCCGACCGCAUGCUAGAGGAGUAGAUGGUGGUCCUUUCUGGGGUGGAGGCGGAGGUCGAGAUUGGAGGGGUAGGGCCUCUGAGGGACGAUGGGCCCCUCAUUCCCGGAGUCUCUGUGAAGAGGUACUGCUCCGACUCGGAGGAGGAUAGCUUAAAUGGCUCUUAUGGCUAAUUUCCCUAUUCUCUCUGUGGCUACGGUGAAUGUGAACAGCGUUAAGUCCAGCAGGGUCCGAUUUUUGGUUUAUGACCACCUCAGCCGGGCUCCGUACAAUGUCAUCUUGGUACAGGAGACCCGGCUGGAAACCCUCCGCUGGUGCCCCCAAUUAUGCCAGUACACAUCCUGGUAAUGUUGCCCCCCUCCCUGGUAAUGUUUCCCCUCUCCCUGGUUCUCAUGUUGGUUAUGUUGGAACACAGGUUACGAGCACGGGCACCCUGGCAAAGGGUGCCAAAGUUAUAAAUUUUGUUGGUGCACAAGUUGGUUCACAGAUUCCCCCUAGGCACUCCCAGGUUGCCGCCCGGGGUUCUGGUGGGACCGAGGCCUCUGCAGGUCCUGCGGGGGGAGUCCGCCCCACCCCUUCCCAGGUAGUGGGUACCAGUGUGCCCAAUGCUUGGGCAUCUGGGCCACCUCGCCUCUCAGCGGGCGGGCCUGCUGCGCGUCCUCAGAUUUCCUUUGGGAACAGGAGAAACGUGGUACGGCUCGUCUGUGGGGGCGAGAUCCAGGUGCCUGACAGAAGGUGGCUGGUGACUCGCUUAAAGGAUAUGGGGUUCGCGCCCGUGGACCUGUAUGCUCUCAUCCAUGCCUCGGGCACCCGGGAGUUCGUCUCAUUCAUGACGUCGCAGCUCCUGGAUCGUUUCUGGGCUGGAUGGGAGGAUGCCAGGUCUGCACAGGGCACAAAGUGGGCAAGAUUCACCGCUGUGCCCAUUUCUCGCCAGGGUCUAAAGGUGGUCACCUUCCUGGUGAGAAAUGAGUCCAUCCCCACAUGGACUAGGAGGUUUGGGGAUGUUAAAUCCCCCCCAGUUAAGAUCUUGGAUGAGGAUGGGAUAUGGACAGGUAGGUGGACUGUCUCAGUGUUGCUGCGGGAGAUACGAGGUGUCACACAGCAUAUGCGGAAUAGUUUAUUCAUCGGGGCUGACAGGGUAUCUUGCUUUUACCCUGGUCAGCCCAGGGUAUGCCACAAGUGCGGAUCGUACAGGCAUUUCAGCAAUGCCUGUACGGUCCUUAAUUGCACUAUGUGCGGUGCUGUGGGACACCUCCGGGACAGCUGCAGGGAAAUCCGAUGCCAUCUGUGCUCAGAAAUGGGUCACACAUACCGCACCUGCCCCGAAGCCCAGCAUAAUGUAGAGUCGAGAUGGACUCUGCUGGGUUAGGGGAUCAGGAUGCAGGAACAUCUACGGUGCCAAUUUCUGGCGCAAGGGAUUCCCUGCCCCAGCCACUGCCCAUCCUCCCCUCAGUCUCAGUACCACCUCAGGACCCCGGGAAGGCAACUAGCUCACAUCCCCUCACAAAGGUUGAUAGAAUAGGCACAUCCUCCACAGCCACUAUGGCUCCCCCUAGGCAAACCCCCCUCCUCCCUCCACGGUUAAGGUUAUCCCCACUAAUAAAUCUUAGAAGCACAGUCCCUAGAAUGGUGCACGGUCACGAAAGGUAAACAUCCCCCUCCUUCCAAGACCUCAGCACUGCCCGCAUCCCAGAAGACCGCCAAGCCCAUUGCAGCGAAACCCACUUCUAGGGUGUUGAGGCAAAGAGGUCUCCCCUCCUCUUCGUGCUUGCAGGAGGCCCUGGUGCCCAUAUCUAACCGGUACGAGGCACUGUCUACCAGCUGGGCUGACUGUGAGCUCGAGGAGGAGAUGGCGAACCUCCCCGGGGUGGGGACAGAGGUUGAGGUCGGUCAGGAGGUACCUCUGAGAGACGACGAUCCACUAUAUCCCGGAGUCUCUGUGAAGAGGUACUGCUCCGAUACGGAGGAGGAGGGGGAUAACAGAAGGAAGGGAAAGUCUCCUUACGCUUAA